UGCAGCCUUGAAGCAACAAGACGAAGAAGAUGCUGCAAGACCACCACUUGUUUGCAUAAAGGACUCCAAGUUCACACACACAAGUUUUCGUCACUGUCUAUCUGAGCCCUUGGAGAUUGGAUCCCAAGCGCCAUAAAGACAGCCGACGACUUGACUUGCUUGUUUGAACAAUUGAAAGCAGCAAGGAUGAAGAACAACCAUUGUUUGUAUACCGACGGAACGACGGCCGAGAUUUUGGCGGCUCUUCCCACUCUUGCCGUCCCUUGUGCGUCGUCUUUUGCGUUGAAACAACAGCGCAUCCUCGUCGUGGGUGGUUCCAUUGGAGGACUGGCGGCUGCGGCAUGUCUGCGCGCCGCUGGCUUUUGUCAUGUCCAAGUGCUGGAACGAAACAUGCAAUCGGGCUUUGGUGCCGGUAUUGGACUCGAUGAUGUGAGUGUGGGCAUUCUCAAAGGUCUGGGACUCGCAUUAGUAGGCUCUGACGACGACGACGACGAGGAAGAACAGCCAGAGGAACACAAAGAGACCAGCCAUUAUUCCAAUGUCCGAGACAUGACGGUACAACGCAUGCGGUGGGCAGAAGAACGAGUGGUUCACAACCAAAAAGAGCCACUCAUUUUGUCACGACAACCAUAUCCUUACUCGGCGGUACGGUAUUCCGAAUUGACCAAAGGACUGGAAAAGGCCGCCUCGGUGGUCCAUCCUCCUGCCAUGGCGGAACUCGAAACACCCAUUCGAAAAGGAAUCAAAGUUGUGGAAAUUAUGGACUGCGGCACUUCUGUCCAAGUGGAAGCGGUGGAGCGAGCGACGCUGGAGGAUGUGACCAUGGAGUUUGAUCUGGUCAUUGUGGCAGAUGGACCGCGAUCUCGAUUUCGGAAACAGGUCGUGGACCCCGAAUCUUGCCGAGAUGAUGACGACGACGAUGACGAAGAAGACCAGAAGGAGAAUGACAUGAGAUUUGCCGGAUACACUGCCUGGAGAGGCACGGUGCCCGAAAAAGAUCUACCAGCUUCGGUCCAAACGGCAUUGCGCACGGAAUAUCCUGAUUUUGGAAAUUGCAUGUACUUUAUCUGGGGUCCCAUGGGCAAAUCGGCCGUUCUAUAUCAUAUUGGAAAUGGACUCGUCAAUUGGCUCGUAUACGAAUGUUGUGACCACCCGACGGCACCACCCGGUCUCACCGUUACCACGGCUACACCAGACGAUAUUGCCGCUCUGCAGCAAUCGGCCAAGGGCGAAUGGGGCGAUGCGCUUGGAGGAGUCAUUCAAUGCACCCCGGCACCCUUUCAAAAUGAUAUUUAUGACAUUCAAACACCACUCUCCCAUUUCACCAAUGCUCAUCACAACAUGUGUCUACUGGGCGAUGCCGCACACCCCAUUACGCCGCAUGCCGUCAAGGGAUCCAAUCUCGCCAUUCACGAUGCCUUUGUGUUAGGGUGUGCUGCCGAGCAUGCCACCAACAUACAGGAACUCUUGCAACUCUACAAUCAACGACGAGUCGACGACUGUCGCAACAUGGUCUUGUUGAGUCGUCAUUUGGGACGCAUGCGCAAUGGAAUGCCUCCCAUGGCACCCAAUGGAACCACCAUGCUCCUUUCGAACGAACCCUGGCCACGACCCACUGACGCCAUUACUUUUCAGAUUGAUAUCAAUACGUUGACGGGAGUGCCAACGGCCACAUUGCCAUGCCACAAGAGUAGUAGUGAGGAAAAUGCCAUGGAACCCGUGUGGGAAUUCAUGCAGCAACACAUUGCACCGUCCGAACGUGGCUUUUGGUUGCGUCGAGGCGACACUGCGGACGUUACGGAAAUGAUGAGUGAUGAAGAUGAUAGUGACGAUAACGACUGCGACGACAACAAUGACAAUACCAAACCACCCUCCCUCCAAAUCAUUGAAGUCAACCACAUUUCCCUCGAAACGGAACAUGUAGAACGAUUGGUGGCAUUUUAUCAAAACGUCCUCGGUUUGAAACCCUUGCCGCGUCCCGACUUUGGAUUUGGUGGAGCGUGGUUGCGACUGGCCGGGGGCCAAGCACUACACAUUAUUGAACGUGAUCCCGACAAACCUUCUUGCAAUGAAGAACAAGAACACGCAUUGGUCCCCGAGCGUUUCAUUCGUCGCAGUCGUCACAUUGCCCUGACGGUCUUGGAUAUUGAAUCUGCCAAGUUGAUUCUGCAGGCUCAUGACAUCACGUUUGCCGUCAAUCACGUGCCGGGCACGGCCAUUGAACAGUUGUUUCUCUACGAUCCAGACGGUAAUGGUGUUGAAAUUGGCAACUUCAAUGCGUAGAUGACGAUACGAAGUGGAAAAGGCUCGGUCAAUGAGUUUAGACUACUUGAUGUGGAAUAAUGAUGAGACGGGACCUCCAGCUUCGCAGUGGAUUUUUGCGCAGCAUGUCUGCCUUUAGUGCGAGGCACACUACGUCGCCUGUGCUUCAAACAGUAAGCUUGUGUAAUUCCUUCCAUCCUUCCACUGCGAUGGCUACCCAUCCAAGGAAAAAGACUAGCUCGCCAGCACCGAACAGGGCAACCAAGAAGCCUACAAAAACACUCUGCCUUUUUAACUGGUGUUAGGUUUUUUAAAUGUCUUUUUUUCGUUCUUUCUCUUUUACAUGAAUAUGUAGGAAACCAACAAAGAAGCACCAGCUUGUGUGUUAACCCCGGGGGCGGCACAAAACCAACUUCCUAUUUCCUGUGUCACCUUGGACCAACUUUUGGAAUACUUUACCACUAUCACACUCCACCACUUUCAACCAAUUGCUUUACCGUUUUUACCAUCCUCCACCAUCUUCAAGAGACCACUGCUUACUGAGUUCGACCGUGCUCUUACCAACUUUGUUGGCGGGAAUGCAGGAACUCGGAAGUAAGACAUGGUUUCAGCCACCACACCAUGCGAUUCUACCGACAUCGCCUUUAAAGCUCUCCCGCCUCAGCCAACUCCAAGUCACCAGUGGCCAUAACAUCGCUGACACAAGCCUCCUGCAUGGCUUUGGACCAAUGAGCACAUGCUGUUACAGCCUCGGACUUGGACACAGCACUGCCACCCAAACGGCGCUGGGCUUGUUCAACAGUGCGCUCGGGCAUGGCACAGGCUUCGGGGUACUGAGGUCCAUUGACAGUAUUGAAGAGCAUUGGUUCAGUGUCACGGAUUUGCCAUUCAUUGGCAAUGGCAAUGGGAUCCUCCACUCGUGUGAUGCCAUCACGGGCCAAGACAUGUCCAGUCUCGAAUUCUCCCAUCAUACCAGAGCUACCAUGGAAUCGUUCCUUCUUGGCAUUAUCAAUCUUGACAGUCACCAUGUCCUUAAAGGCACGAAGGAUGAUCUUUUCCUGUUCAUCAAUGUAGAUCUCCAAAAUGUGCACGUUCUUGGUAGGGUUGAAUGCAUUGACCUCAAAUCCAGCAAUUGCAUUGGGCAUGUCGGCAUUUUGGACUCCAUUCAACACAUAAUCUCCAAAGGAACCAAUCUCAAGGGUUUCAUCGCCAAUCUGUACAACAGCAGAUUCAAUGAAGGAGUACCAGGAGCGAAUCUUGGUGCGGACAUCAACAGUCAAGGGCAAUGCGGGUGCAAAGUGGGGGGCCUGAACCAAAUGCAAGUCACAGGCUCCCAUGUAAUCAUAGAACUUGUGUCCAGUCCAGGUUUCAAAGUGGGGGUCUCCACCACCACCACCUCUACGAGGGCAGUCAGUCAGAACCAAGUUUGCAUACAAAUCGGCACUGGUCGAUUGGCGCUCUUGAGAGAUGAACUGUGUCUUGAUAGGACAAUUGGGACACAUGCGGAAACCAAGCAGAUCAAUUUCAAAGUUGACUCCACCAGCCAGCAUGACAGUUUGUGGAGAAGGAUUAUCAAUAAUGAAGAUUCGAUCAGAACAACCACCACUCCCAGUAGUUGGAUAAGGACAGGGAUUUGCUGAAUUUGGUGUUUCAUGAAUGGAAAGCUGGUAGACAAACUGGUAGGGCAUACCAUUGGCAGUGACUGUCACGACAAGUUCAACAUGAGUUAAGGCUGAACCUGUGAUGGGGUUGUUGUUGUGAGUCAAGGUACCAAUUGCAAACUCCGGUCCAGGAAUCACAGUCCCAGGCACAUUAGAAGCGGUAUCCAAGCCAGAUUGGUCAUUGUUGCCAGUAGUCUGUCCCCACUCAAUUUCUCCUUCCGCUGGAUCAUAAUUCACAUUGCUACCACCCACCCAGUUUUGGAAGCCGAAGGAAACAGCAGAGAUCUCCAGUGAAAAGGUUUCACAGUAGAGGGGCACAGGCGUAGAAAGGACAGUGGCAGGGAGGAGGGCCAACAACGCAAGAGAAAGGAACUUCAUGGUCAAACAAGUGAGAUGAAAGGAUGUCGUUGCUUUGGUUUGCUUUGCCUGAUGCGUUUUUGUUUUUGUUUUCCUGAGGAGAAAAUUGUGAGCUUUGUUUGUGCUCAAACUCUCGGGAACCGUGGCCAGCCUGAGAAGACCAAACUGGGCUGGGCGGUCGAGGUUCUUGUAGGUUAGCAAAUCGCGAAGAUCCAGGCAUUCACAUCACCAUAUUGUUUGUAUUCCGUGACUCAAACAAGAGAUGCUUUCUGAAUACAAUCACACUUUUCCUAACAAUUGGUUGCCUCUCGUGAAUGCACCUGGGCAAUAUUACUCUCUAGCUAGUGUCACGAGCUGAAAACCACACCGUGACCAAACUCCUCAAUUCACCAUAGUCGACAACUAGCUAGCUUACUUGUACUUUUACUAC